UGUGCCUUGCCAAAGAUCGUCCGCCAUUCUUGCGUCAUCUGAUUCGUGAAGGCAGUGACCUCCUGGCCUCCCUCCAUGGCGUCCCCGAUUCCAACAGCCGACACGAAACGCCACACCAUUAGUGAAACCAUGGCUCCGUUGGAGCUAGAGCCACGUCAUAGGAACCCACUACAGCAGCACCGUAAGUCUAUUCGCGUGUCCGUGUGCGAGAAAGGCGGCAGUAAGGCUAUCUGUUCUAUGUCGCUGUCGGACACGGCUCUGGCGGAGAGCAAGCUGCUAGCGGACUCGCUAUCGGACCACUGGAACGACCUCGUCGCCACGUCCAUCAGCUCCAGCAACGCCUCGCCGCAACUCGCCCCUCCGCAUUCGUCGGCGCCUGCCAAGACAUCAGCGAGUCCUGGCUCAGUCGCCGGCAGCGUGUCCAGCAGCGGCGGCACAGCGGCCGAGGAACCGCAUGUUCAGCUCAUGGUCAGUGAUUACGUCGCUGACGUCAGCUCAUACGAAGCCACGCUACGACUUUUAGACGGGAAAGACCCGAAGGCUGAGAUAACGUCGGUGAGCAAGGCUCUUAAGAUACUCCAGGUGGCCGCGGACCUGCAGUUCGACGACGGUAUUAACGCGUGCCUGCGGUACCUCGAGGCCGUGCCGUGGUCCACGGACGAGGAGGUCGAGGUAGUUAAUGUCCUCGCGCGCCUCGGCAUGGACCAAACUAAGGGCGGGCUGCGCGUCCUGGCGCGUCUCGGCCCGACGAGCGCCGAGGCGGUGUACAACGUUCUCAAGAAGCUCGUCUCUCAGGCCGUGGCGCGCGCCGACGCAGUGCCGCCCGCCGACCCGCAGUCCAAGGCCAUGUGGCGGGCAUCCGUGGAAAAGCUCUUCACCGGUGGGUCACUGCGCGCCGAGGUGCGGAAGCGCGUGUUGUUCGAGCAGCUGGACGAGUUGAUCGACCGCGUGCAGGCGUGCGUGGUGGAGGAGGCGGCCGGGGGAGGCGGCGUCAUGCACUUUGUGGACAUGGCGGCCGACGCAUCCAAGGAGCUGGCGGCGAAGUUCGCGGUGGAGAUGGACAACGUGGCGUGGCUGAUGGGCACGAUGGUGGACCGGCUAGGGUUCGCGGAGUACAUCAUCAAGUGGCUCAGCGAGGACCAGGGCUUCGUGCGCCACGUCGAGUACUUCACGCACAGAGAUAACCGCGCGGAAGCCGCCAUGUACGACCCCUUGCUGCCUAUCAUUCUGCGACUGCUGACCCUCAUGGUGGGCGGCCACGCCAUCAUCCCCACCAACACGCGCGCCGCGCUAGUGAAGCUAUGGCUGCCCGUGCUGACGACCAUUCCUCGGCUGCCCGCCGUGUUCUCGCGCGAGCGAGGGCGGCUGCUGGGCGAGAUGCUGGGGCAGGUGAUCCUGACGCUGCCGUCCGCGCAGCAGGAGGAGGUGAUGGACCUCUGGCUCUCGCACUGCGGCGGGCGCUACAACGCCUGGCUCGACAUGGCCGCCUUCCUGCAACAGUGGCUGGAACGAGCCGCAAGGAAGAUCAGGGACUGAGGGAGGGGGGACGCCAAGGCAGGCGACGCAUGCGGAAGGCCAGGAGCGGCUCGAAGGGCUGGUGGAUGGCAGGGGGGGGGGCGGGUGGCACUGGCAUGACCUCGGGCAUGCUGCAGCAGGCGCAGCCAUGGGCGCAGGUAGAGUGAGGUGGAGAACGAGGGUGAGCGCACAGGGGUACCAGCAAGGGGUGGGGCUGUUACAGUGACACAAGGACUAGAGAGCGAUGCUGCUUGUGUAUAUUGCUAGGUGCCGCUGACGAGGUUCAUACGGUAGAUAGUGUUGCUUGUUGAUAGGCUAUGUGCCCAUGUGCUUCUGUGCACAUGUGCUGCCCUAGCCUGGAAGCACGCACAUGCACAUGAUGAGCCAUAGCUGCAGCUGCAGGAGCAACCUCUGCUCUGCAGUGCGCAUGUGCUAGCUCGUGCUGAGUGCAAGGGAAGACACCCUUGCAGUGUUGGCCUGCAGCAUCAUGAGGUUGAUCUAGCAUGUAGUGUGUUUGUGCAUUUGUUUGUAUUGCCUUGUUUUGCUUCCUAGUUCUAGUUAGCGUUGCUUAUUGAACAUG